GGCAUAACACACGUCCGUCGCUAACCACUCAAUGAGGUCCCGCGCACCGCUGGGGGGAGAGGGAACACCCACAAGGGGAAGGAGGGUGGGAAAGAGGGAGGCCCUGGCCGGCGGCUCGCCGCCGCUCCGCUCCUUGUCCGCCGCCUGCCUCAGUCUCUCGCUGCCUUCAGCAGAGCACGGCCGGGCUUCUGCUCCCCUGAAGCCAUCCUGCGACUCUUCUUUUGAAAAAUUUUACUCUAUUGAUCUCGAUGGAUCAAAAUGUGAUCUCAUUCAUCAGUCAGUACUCGUGAUAUCUAAAAUAUAUGUACUAGUUGUGGCAAAUCAAAAGUAAACAGCGAUGAAGUUUCUACAAACUUUAAAAGUUUAAUAUAUAUUACGCACAAUUACCAGUUUUAAUCCAAAGAUGGGGGAAAGCUGGGGCCCGAGUGGGACAUUCUCAUUGUGAGUGAUUUAUCUCACCUAAAGGUAACAUGAACAGUUUUCUGAAGCCAUUUGUCAUGACAAAGAAAAACUUAAAUAAGCAAUAAUUUUCGCUGCUAAAGUUUCUCUCAAGCAGACACGAUGAACCUCUCGUAUCCGUUUGUGAUAGACUCGAACUGCACGUUGGCGGAUCUCACUGCCUUCGACCUUAACGAGUCGGCAUGGGAUCCGCUGCAGAACAUGAGUCUGGAAGAAGACAUAAACUUCACGAACUGCUCCUACCUGAGGCAUAUCGUAAACCUAAACUGCUCAAGCACCGACCACCUGUGCCGCUGUACCCGCGACAUGUACUGGUACUACUGCUCCGAGACACCCGCCUACUACUCCUACAUCUACCGCAUCAUCGGCACGCUCUUCCAGGGGAUCAUCUUGGUGAUCGGAGUGAUCGGCAACGUGAUGGUAGUGAUCGUGGUGGCCAAGAACAAGAACAUGACCACUCCCACCAACUGCUACCUCGUCAGCCUUGCCAUCGCCGACUGUGCCGUUCUCAUAGCCGCCGUUCCUCAGGAGAUCGUCAGUUACUACCUCAUCGGUAACCACUGGAUCUGGGGCCGCGUGGGCUGCGCCAUCAUGAUAUUCCUUCAAAACUUGGGGAUCAACGCGAGUUCCCUAAGUCUGACGGCCUUUACGGUGGAGCGGUACAUCGCAAUAUGCCACCCCAUGAAGGCCCAGACGGUGUGCACGGUGCAGCGCGCCAAAAAGAUCACGCUGCUGGUCUGGGUGUUCGCAACGUGCUACUGUUCGCCGUGGCUCUAUCUCACCACCGUCGUCCCUCAAACUUAUGCCGUCGACUACCCGACAGAGGAAUGUACCUUCAAGCUUUCCAGGGAUCAGUACUUCCUUUACUACUUCCUCGACAUCAUCGUGUUCUACGUGGUGCCUCUCCUGCUCUCGUGCGUGCUCUACACCCUCAUAGCCAGGAUACUGUUCACCUCGCAGGUACCCAAGAACCCCACCGUCAACGGCCACCACGACAAGAAGAGAGUCAGCUCCCCGCGCGUCCAGGUGGUGAAGAUGCUGGUGGUGGUGGUGGCCAUCUUCGCGACGCUGUGGCUCCCCUACCGCACGCUGCUCGUCUACAACUCGGUGCUCGCGAUGUUCGGCCAGAGCACCUACAAAGACCUCUGGUACCUGCUCUUCGCCAAAACCUGCAUCUUCAUCAACAGCGCCAUCAACCCCAUCCUGUACAACGCUCUCUCAGUCAAGUUUAGGAGAGCCUUCAAACGCAUGCUGUCCUGUGGUAAACGCCAGCCGGAGCAGUGGGCCAUGACAAUGUUCUACAGUGACGGCGGGCGGCGGGCGGCUUCACGCGUCACGGGGGGCGUCAUGGCGGGCGGGGGCAGGGCAGUCAAUUCGGCCAGGAAUCGUGGCAGCCUGGCCGUGGGGCGCGACAACCCGCCGCGGCAGCCCUACCCGCCCAGCACCGCCAACAACCGCCAGACGCCCACCAUGGAAACGCCGCUCAACCCUCCCUCCAUCUCGGUAACCUCGGAUCCUUAAAGAAAAUCCUGGAGGUUCUGGUCGCUGAUCUCACCUCGUCUUGCCAUUUUCACUUUUUUUUUCUGCCAGUUAGUUUUCCUGUUCAGUUUCUCUCUUUUCAGGAUGCUGUUAAGGUUCUGUAAGCCGCUGUAGCUGAACGAACGUACCGCCGCUUUUGAUAGUUUCUAUGAUUCUUCUGUCAGACCACCAUACCUCACCUCUUUUAAUAUGAAUUUCGGAACAUAUCUACACGUCAAUAAUACCUAGAGAAUAUAUGCUCAUGAGGUGCAGUAUGUGUGUGUGUGUGUGUGUGUGUGUGUGUGUGUGUGUGUGUGUGUGUGUGUGUGUGUGUGUGUGUGUGUGUGUGUGUGUGUGUGUGUGUGUGUGUGUGUGUGUACAUUUUUUCCUUCAUGAAGUUUCUGGAACCGUUGACGAAAGCCAGGCAGCCACCACCCACGCCUCGCCUCGCGCUCAAACACACACUCAUACCCUGCCAACUCCGGAGGUGAACAUGCUGCAUCGCGGCCGUGAGGAGAGCGCCAGCACCGUAACGUUUCCUCCACUUAUCUUGUUUCUGACGUCGCCGGAUCCUAAGAGCGGAUGAGGACAAAGCUACUCGCCUUAUAUCCUUCCUUGUCGAGCGUUAUUGGAUCUACAAAGUUCAUGAAAAUGUCCGCCACCUGAGGUAACAUGAGGACAUACUGUGCUUGGAAAUGUCCCUCAAUUAAGAAGCUACAUCGCAUAUUCUUAUGACGUAAAGGAAUGUCAAGCAAGUCUGACAGUAACAUGAACAUUUCCACUAAACUUCUGCUCAACCUUCUCCGACACAGUUCCCCUCAGGCAGAAUUUCUGCAUGCCUGACCUUACUUCUUUCCUCUUAUCAGGAGCAGAACCAAGGCAUCGUCCUUCACUCACUUCAAAGGCAACACUUAUCACAUAUUUCUUUUGCAAAGCUUCGACUGAAGUAUAUACAAACAUUGUGUUUGUCAUGGAAACUAACGUUCUCUCCACAAAUCAAGCAGUGACCGAACAAAACCAUCGGACCCGCUGGCCUGUGGUUUAUGUCGGUGCGGUGCAACUAACGCUAAUAACCUUCAUUGGGUGCAAGGACAACACUAAUGGGUGAUGAAGUAUUCGUCUCUCCUUUCUUUCCUACCUAUUUUCCUACUGCUACUCUGUGUUUUUUUAUUUUUAAUUAUGUAGCACUGAACCCACGAGCCCUUGUGUGUCAGGGGGACGGCCACUCCCGCUGCCCGGAGAUGACCUCGCAAAGUCUAAAAAUACAGCCUGCCGGAGGUUCGCAAAACGUCCUCAUAUUUUUUUUUCUGGGAAACUACAUAAACCUAAUGUGCAGCUGCCGACAAAUAUUUUGACGCAGACGAGUAAUCGUAAUCAUAAACAAAAUGAAGUAGACAGGACCAGUCUCGACGCUGUGAAACGCUAUGAUUCAUAUAAUCUUCAAAAUUUUCGUAUUAUUCUUCUAAAAGCCUGUCUGGAAAUAAUUUCACGUGAACCUCGGUGCUCAUCAAGUCCACAUGCAAGCCUUCCCGCAGCACGCGCCACCGCUCCACUCGGCAAGGCAAACGUUUAUGCUUUUCAGGCCUAAUCAGGUCACAAGGGGGGGAAAAAAUUACGUCACUCAUAAUACAGAAUCUAAUUUUGCUCUAUUCUUUUUAAAGAAAGGAAAAAGUGGUCGAAUGUCAAACAUUGAAAGCCGCGAGGGAAAUGAGUCUUGGAUUCAAAUUACGGUGCGCUGGGAAACCUGACAAAGCAAUGAGCUCUAAUGAACCUCGCACACACACACACACACACACACACACACACACACACACACACACACACAGACACACAGACACACACACACACACAUGAUAUUGACCUCUCUUUUGGCCACUCAUCCAUACUCUUUUUAUAGGGGCAGUGAUUGGCGGUGGGGUUUUCUCGAUUAUUUUUUUGCCCUUGAGUUGUUUCCUUUACUGUAAGAAACACACACACACACACACACACACACACACACGCCUGGUGCUGCUCGUCAUGCCCUCGUCCGGCCCCGCAGCCUCACCGCGCCUCGUUAUUGUGUUGUGCGCGGCGCUGAACCCAGAGUGAACACAAAUCUUCAAUUACUCCGCCUUCCAGUGCUUUGUUGCGUGUGUGUGUGUGUGUGUGUGUGUGUGUGUGUGUGUGUGUGUGUGUGUGUGUGUGUGUACUUAUGUAUAUGUAUGUAUGUAUGUAAGUAUGUAUGUAUGUAUGUAUGUAUAUAUGUAUGUAUGUACGUAUGUAUAUGUGUGUGUGUGUUUAUUCUCGUGCUGGUCCCUUCACCUGUUUCUGUCCUGCCCACGCCAGUGUGUUUGUAUAUGAACCAUAAUUUUUACAAAACACGAUCAUUUUUGCACCAACGUUCAUACAAAUCACGGGGGCAAACAGAGUGUGAGAUAUAAGGGAGAAAUUCAUAUAUAUAUUUUAAAACAACGGAUCAUCCUAAAUACUGAAACGAGUGCGCUAUUUUUAGUCCCUUUGUAUCGUCGACAACCACAACCACAACCCUACCACUCCCACCCACCCUGUCUGCUGGCUCUGCUCUACACUCCCAGGCGUUUCCCUCGCCCACCAGACCGGUAGUUUAGCGCGUGUAGGUGUCAGUGUACUUCGGAAUGUGCAGUGUUUUGGGGGAGACUUCGCUGAUCUGUGACCCGCCUGCCGCCUGCCGCCCAUUGAGUCGUCACCUUCGCCCUGCGCCUCGCCCUCGACUCUCCGCUCCCAGACCUCUCGGGGGAACACAACAAUACCUCGGAGGACGACGGAUAUAAAACACGAAUGUCAACUGUACAAUAAACAACAGCCACCACGACUGCUACACCCGCACGAGGCCACGCUGGGUACACGCUAGCCUUGGUGGUGGGCAACGGGUGGCAAGACAAAACUUUGGGCCAAGGUAAUGUUGUUCUUAGCAUUAAGUUAUUGUAGCGGGUCUGGGAGCGGCAGGCUUAAGGUGGAGGUGCAGGUCAUCAGGACUCAGGUCAGCUUCCACCCGAGGCAAGGUGGUGAAGACGAGGGUCAGCUCCAACGCAUUAAAAAGAAAAUCAUGCCAGGCAGCACGCGGGUGACAAAUAUGUUUCGCUUUCCCUUCGUUUACGUCCACUGGUGAGUGUGGAGCCUCCAUCCCCCCCCCCCCUCCCCUCAUUUCCCUUUCCCACGUCAUCUUGCGCUAGCCGAGUUCCUUCACCACUUCGGCAGUUCCCACAUCAC